GCAAGCGCAUUGAGGGGAAUUGGUUCAUCAAACGUGUCUACGUCAAGACUGAUUAUAAUUAAUUUAAUAUAUAUGAGAUUUGUGAUUUAUUUGCUGAUUUGUAUCUGUAACUGUGAUAUUAACAAUUAAUUUAUUCCACAAUGAGUUCCUCGGGUGAAUUUGGCAACCCGUUAAGGAAAUUUAAGCUGGUAUUUCUGGGGGAGCAGAGCGUUGGGAAGACCUCUCUAAUUACAAGGUUUAUGUACGACAGUUUUGACAACACCUAUCAGGCAACAAUAGGAAUUGACUUUUUAUCAAAGACAAUGUAUUUGGAAGACAGGACUAUACGACUACAGCUUUGGGAUACAGCUGGACAAGAGAGGUUCAGAAGUUUGAUACCAAGCUACAUACGGGAUUCUUCUGUAGCAGUAGUAGUGUAUGAUAUAACUAGUAAGUACUGUUGUUAUGAUGUAACUAUUUUGUAUCUAAAACCUCCACAACGGUCUACCGUGUUGAAAGGAGAAAUUUUAUCAGACCGUUAUGGAGGUCUACAGUGUUGA